AUGGUCGGGCAACAAAUGCAAGCUCUGGUGACCGAGUCUUCGACCGGGGGAUCGCCGAAGAUGGUCAAGAAGCAGAUUCCGGUCCCCGAACCUGCCCCGCAUCAAGCUUUGGUGAAAGUGUCACAUAUUGCACAAAACCCGACAGACGUUCAAUCUCUUGACGGCGAUGCAUUCGGUGAUGGCGCCGUCCUUGGGUGCGACUUUGUGGGGACAGUCGAAGCGGUUGGCGACAAGUGCAGCAAGCUGUCCAAGGGAGAUACUGUUGCUGGCCUAAUAUGGGGAGGUCAGAAGUCCUUCUUAGAUCAACAGCUACGAACAAGCUCUGACACAUCUUCAGGUGAAAUCAAGGGUCUCGGCGGCUAUAGCGAGUACACCGUCGCGGACGACAAUAUCAGUUUUCGCAUCCCCAAGAACAUAAGCCCGGAGGAAGCUGCCACAUUACCUCUAGCUUCCAUGACGGCGUGGCUAGCCCUGUUCUCCAAAGAAUGCCUCGCCAUCCCUCGAGAGAGUGGGUCGGAGACGUCGGUCCUUAUCUGGGGCGGUAGCUCCAGCGUUGGCUUGUACGCCGUCCAAAUAGCAGCGAUGCAAGGCCUUAAAGUCGUCGCGACGUGCAGCCCUCGCCACUUCGAUUGGGUCAAGUCCCUGGGCGCGAAGCAUGUCUUCAACUACCGCGACGAUGACGUAAUCGAGUCCAUCAAAAAGACGACGCCUAACCUCAAAUAUGUCUUUGACACCAUCGGCAAUAAGUCUUCCUCAGGCCAGGCAUCCCAAGCCAUCGAUGAGAGCGGCGGGCGGCUCUGCACCGUGCGGCCGGGGAAGGCCAACACCGAAAACGUUACGAAGCAGACGACUGUGACCGACGUCUUGGUCUGGACUGCAUUCCUGAAGGAUCAUCGGUAUGCUCAGUUUAAAUGGCCGGCUAGCGAGGAGGACCACAAACUCGGUACCGAGUUUUAUGAAAAGCUCCCGGGAUGGGUUGAGACUGGAAAGUUCAAGCCUAACAAGCCGAAGGUCAUCUCUGGGGGCCUUGAUGGUGUAGACAAAGGGUUCCAAGUGUAUCGGGACGGAGCAAUCUCCGGCGAGAAGGUUGUGUACCAGCUCUGA